AUGCCACAUCUUACUAGACAGCCAGGAGUCCACAAAGGAGAGAAACCAUUUAAAUGCCUCGAAUGCGAGAAGAAUUUCCCUAGCAAUUCACAGCUUGUGAGGCAUCUGAGAAUCCACACAGGAGAGAAACCAUUUAAAUGCCCCGAGUGUGGCAAAUGCUUUACUCAAAAACCGAACCUUAUGCUACACCAGAGAGUCCACACAGGAGAAAAACCCUUUCAGUGCUUGGAGUGUAGGAAGUGCUUUGCUCACCAAACAAACCUUGUGAGACACCAGAGAAUCCACACAGGAGAAAAACCCUUUCAGUGCUUGGAGUGUAGGAAGUGCUUUGCUCACCAAACAAACCUUGUGAGACACCAGAGAAUCCACACAGGAGAAAAACCCUUUCAGUGCUUGGAGUGUAGGAAGUGCUUUACUCGACAAAAAAACCUUGUGCUGCACCAGAAAGUGCAUGCAGGAGAAAAACCCUUUCAGUGCUUGAAGUGUGGGAAAUGCUUUGCUCACCAAACAAAUCUUGUGCUGCACCAGAAAGUGCAUGCAGGAGAAAAACCCUUUCAGUGCCUGGAGUGUGGGAAAUGUUUUGCUUAUCAAUCAUUCCUUAUGAGACACCAGAGAAUCCACAUAGGAGAAAAACCCUUUCAGUGCUUGGAGUGUGAGAAAUGCUUUGCUCGACAAACGAACCUUGUGGAUCACCAGAGAAUCCACACAGGAGAGAAACCUUUUCAGUGCUUGGAGUGUAGGAAGUGCUUUGCUCACCAAACAAACCUUGUGAGACACCAGAGAAUCCACACAGGAGAAAAACCCUUUCAGUGCUUGGAGUGUAGGAAGUGCUUUACUCGACAAAAAAACCUUGUGCUGCACCAGAAAGUGCAUGCAGGAGAAAAACCCUUUCAGUGCUUGAAGUGUGGGAAAUGCUUUGCUCACCAAACAAACCUUGUGCUGCACCAGAAAGUGCAUGCAGGAGAAAAACCCUUUCAGUGCCUGGAGUGUGGGAAAUGUUUUGCUUAUCAAUCAUUCCUUAUGAGACACCAGAGAAUCCACAUAGGAGAAAAACCCUUUCAGUGCUUGGAGUGUGGGAAAUGCUUUGCUCGACAAACGAACCUUGUGGAUCACCAGAGAAUCCACACAGGAGAAAAACCCUUUCAGUGCUUGGAGUGUGGGAAAUGCUUUGCUCACCAAACAAACCUUGUGAGACACCAGAGAAUCCACACAGGAGAAAAACCCUUUCAGUGCUUGGAGUGUAGGAAGUGCUUUACUCGACAAACAAACCUUGUGCUGCACCAGAGAGUGCAUACAGGAGAAAAAUCCUUUCAGUGCCUGGAGUGUGGGAAAUGUUUUGCUUAUCAAUCAUUCCUUAUGAGACACCAGAGAAUCCACACAGGAGAGAAACCAUUUCAGUGCUUGGAGUGUAGGAAGUGCUUUACUCGACAAACAAACCUUGUGAGACACCUGAGAGUCCACACAGGAGAGAAACCAUUUAAAUGCCUCGAGUGCGAGAAGAAUUUCCCUAGCAAUUCACAGCUUGUGAGGCAUCUGAGAAUCCACACAGGAGAGAAACCCUUUCAGUGCUUGAAGUGUGGGAAAUGCUUUGCUCACCAAACAAACCUUGUGCUGCACCAGAAAGUGCAUGCAGGAGAAAAACCCUUUCAGUGCUUGGAGUGUGGGAAAUGUUUUGCUUAUCAAUCAUUCCUUAUGAGACACCAGAGAAUCCACACAGGAGAAAAACACUUUCAGUGCUUGGAGUGUGGGAAAUGCUUUGCUCACCAAACAAACCUUGUGCUGCACCAGAAAGUGCAUGCAGGAGAAAAACCCUUUCAGUGCCUGGAGUACCUCAGCGGUUGCGUGUUAGCAAGAGAGGAGGAGGAACUGGACCUGGCGGCCAGCAGCCUCAGAUGGCUGCUGGCUUAUGCCACGACACUGCCACAGCUGACUGUAAGUAUCUCAGCUGCAUUCAUUGAUUGA